UCAUAAAUUAGAUUUGACAGAUGAAAAAGAGGUAUUUCAGACAGUAUCAAAGUUCAAACCUGAUGUUAUUAUUCACUGUGCUGCUGAGAGACGACCUGAUAUUGUAGAAAAUAAUGAAGAAGCUUCUUAUAAACUGAAUGUCGAAGCCACAAUGGCAUUGUGUAAGGCUGCAGUGGAAUCCUCUUCUUGGCUUUUGUAUAUUAGCACUGACUAUGUAUUUGAUGGCACCAGUCCUCCAUACAACGUUACUGAUGCACCGAAUCCGCUGAACAAAUAUGGCCUUUCUAAACUGCAGGGUGAAAAAGCUGUACAGAGCAUUAGCUCAGACUUUGCUAUCUUGAGAGUCCCACUUCUUUACGGUCAAGUGGAAUUCUUAGAAGAAAGUGCUGUAACAAUCUUACUAAAAAGUAUUUUGAAUUCUGGUGUUACUUUGCACUCUUCUCAUUACGAGCGACGUUACCCGACCCACUGUGAUGACUUGGCUUCUCUGAUUAUGCUAAUAUCAGAAAAAAAGUGUUUCCAGCAAGAGAAAAUAUCUGGUGUGUUCCACUGGAGUGGGAAUGAUAACAUGACCAAAUAUGAUAUGAUGAUUGCAAUGGCUGACAUUUUUGGUUUGGACAUGUCACAUAUUGUUGCUGAUGAUAAAAGUAAUCCAGGCACAAAGCGCCCCUAUAAUGCUCAUCUUUCUUCUGAACGUCUUGAAAAUCUUGGGAUUAAAGUUGACAGAACACCAUUCAGAAAUGGAAUAAAAGAUGUUCUAUGUCCUUUUGUUUCAUCAUAGUGUGUGUUUGCUUCUUAAGAAUUUUGGUUAUAAUAUUGUUUUGGUUCUUAAUUCAAUAUAGAACUUCAAAUUCUAAUUAUUUGUUUGAACUUUAUGAAAUGAACUACAUUAAGAACUUACAAUAAAUAUAUUUCUUAUUAUAAAAAGUUUUAUUGAAAUUUGUUUCCAAAUUUCGUUUGAAAAGGAUAUUAUUUUUAUAAUGUUAAUUUUACUGUGGGAAAGGGAUAAUAUUAUACAAGCUAUGAGGGUAACAAAGAUGAAUGAAUAUUAUUUCAAAAGUGAAAUAAAACUUAUCAAAUAUU